AUGAAUGAUUCUGAACGUGAUCGAAUUGAAGAUAUGGCACAUCGUGAACCUGUUGUUUGGAGCAGGGCUUUGGAAUUAUCUCCCCGAAGAGUUAUACUUCAUUAUGAUGACAUUGCUUAUAGCUGUGCCGAAAGUGGAUAUGUGAAAGCAUUUGAAAGAAAUCUCAUGAAAGUUCGUGAAUUGGAUGAUUCGAACCUGCUUCAACGCUGCGCACUCGCAGCGAUUCUCAAUGGUCAUGUAAAUGUUGCAAAUUCAAUUAGAACUGAUAAUUUUUCGGUAGCUUUUCAUCAAUUCUUUCCCGAUGGAAGACCUCCAACUGAAUUCCUAGUCCAAUUGGUCGUUGGAAAUGAGGUUGGUUGGGAUUUAAAUCCUUGUCAAUUUAUUAUUCAGCUACGACCAGAAGUUGGCGAGCAAAUCUUUGAAGAACUCCUUGAUUGGCUUACAAAAUUGGAUGUUCAGAGGCUCAGACGUGAAAUCGAAAAGGAUAAGAAAAUUCCUUUGGGAGUGCUCCAAAGACUUGAUUCCAAAUACAGAGAGUGUAUCGAUUCGCGCGAUUAUCCUUGUGAUUAUGACUGA